UUUGCUUCUUUACUUUGCUGUGUUUGGAACCACCAUAAGAAGAAAGGUCUCGGAGAGCAGUGGACCAACCACUAACCUUAAUAACUCUGUCGCACUUGGCUCACCUGCCCCAAGAGGAUGAAUACGAGUUAUAAUUACUUUGAGACGGGAUGUCAUAUCACCUGAUUGCUGGAUCCCCUCCUUCACAUCCUACAUGUUUUUGCUUUCCAUCACAGCCUCCAUAUGUUGAAUACAUUCAUCGCAAAAUGGCUGCUAGCAAAGAAUACAAGACCCUGACUGCAGCCUGCCACUGUCAAUCUGUGCAUUUCACAGUCACCGUUCCUGGUGAUGCCCUUCCGCUGGACAUUCAUCUAUGCCACUGCAGUGUAUGCCGCCAUACGCAUGGAGCCCUCUGCAGCUUCCAUGCCCCGCUUCCCAAAGAUAUUCGUCCCGAAUUCAUCUCGCCGUCAAGCCUGGACAAAUUGACACCGUAUACAUACCCACAGUCCAAAUCUACUCGGUUCUUCUGUAGCAAAUGUGGUUGUCAUAUUGGUGACCGCGAUCACGCAGAUGGUCGCUGGAUGAUAUCCAGCGCGAUCUUCGACCGUAGCGGAGACGAAAGUGUCUGGCAAAUAAACUCACACAUUUACACCAACGGUAGUACUAAGACCGGGCUGUUCGAGUUUGUGUCUCAGAUCGAAGGGCGUGAAAUUACCAUAUCCAAUUCAGAGAAGCAGAAUAAGGAGACCGCCAUACAGGACAAUUCGAAGGCACCGCAAUGCGAUGACAGGUCUCUACGGGCCGAGUGUCAUUGCGGAGGGGUGUCAUUCACCAUCUCCCGGCCUGGUCGGGAUUUUGUUCAAGAUCCUGCAAAUCGUAAAUGGGUUUUGGAAGGGAAAGAAGACAAGUGGCUAGGUGCAUUGGAUGUGUGUGAUGAUUGCCGCUUGGUCAGUGGGGCGAAUGUCGCGGCUUGGAUGUUCGUUCCGGUGAACCAUAUAUCGCCUUCUCCGCCAGAAAGUUUACUUAUUGGGUCCUCCAAAAGCUAUUCAUCGAGUGAUGGAGUGGUAAGGACGUUUUGUGGGACAUGUGGUGCUGUGGUCUUCUAUUCUUGUAAUGAUCGCCCGGGAAUAGUGGACGUUGCAGUUGGUAUCUUACAGGACCCGAAAUCCGUGCUCGCGGAGAGCUGGGUCGUUUGGAGGACUGGGAGAAUCGCUUAUCUUGAAGAUGGUUUACGAUAUAAUGGAGGGUUUACAAAGUCUCUAGAUGAGGGGCUGAAGAAGUGGGGAAAGGAGAGGUAUGGGACAUUGGAGUAUUUUAAAGUAGGAUAGCUUGGGCCAAAUGCUAUAUCACUUAUGCACAUGAGACGGGAGGAUUGCAGAAUGAUGGCUUGUAGCCGAGUGACCGACCACCGAAGCAAGGUGUUUUUAAAA